AUGUCAACCGGCAGAGCCGCGGCGGGGGGCGUGGGGCGCACCAUCAAGCAGAAGGUGCAGUCCAACCGCGACGCCCCGUACAACACGCGCCUCUUCAACACGCUCUGGACGUACCGCACCGGACAACUCACGACAAGCAACGUGCGGCGGCUGAAGGAGACCGGCAUUCCCAUGGGCACCGGCUCCGGCCCUGGCGGCGGCGGCGGCAAGGAGGAGGAGGCGGGGGAUGCGCCCGUCAAAAGUGACCUGCAGCCCCACGCCAUGCACAAGUUCACCGGGGACGAGAACUGGUCCCUCGUCGUGGCGGUGCCAAAGAACUCGGAGCACUUUCACAACGUCCUCGAGUGCUCGCGGGGGAGUCUCAUGGUGGGGCACACCGACCCCCAGUUGUUUCACUGGUUUAAGCAGCUCGGCACGCUGCCGCCGCGGGCAAUUCUCUCCGGCCCGCUGGAGCUGCUCGCCGGCGACAUGCAGCAGGAGGCGUGGGAGACCACCUUUUCGCGACACCCGGUGAUCCACAGCAUCGCGCAGGACAUGUGGAACCGCAAGCACAGCAAGACGGAGGAGGAGGUCGUCGCCAUUGAGCGCCGGGAGCGCGAGGAGGACGAGAAGCGCAUGCGACGCAUGAGCAGCAGCGACUGGCGUGCCAAGUUCAAGGAGCGCGAGCGCAACCCCACCGCCGAGGAGGACGAGGAGCGGCCCAUUUACGUCAUCAAGCCGGAGACCUUCGCCCUGCUGCGGCUGCGGCCGGACGUGAAGCUGUGGAUGAACGUCGUCUCACAGACGCAGCGGGUGUGGGAGCCCGCCAUCCCCGACCCCGACCCGCUCUGCCGGUGCGCGCCACGCUUCCUCCGCAUGCUGAACCUGGCGCGGCAAAAGCUAGUGCCGUCACUCAACAUGAACUUUGCGCUGAAGCUGACGAACGCGUUUGUCUUUGAGAUUGACCACAAGGGGCUGUGGGCGAUGGGAACGCAGGAGAACCUCGACAGGGGCGCCGCCUCCGACGUGGCGGCGCGGGAGGAGUGGACGGAGCUGCGGCUGGAGUUUGGGAAGGGCCAGCUGAUCCAGACGGAGCAGGAGAUGGAGUGGUGGGUGCGGGGGCUGACGAAGCUCGGGGCGCCGGAGAUGUCGCAGUCGAACAGCAGCGUGGAGGAUGCCGGGAUGAACCCGGAGGACUACGACUACCGCCACAUUUGA